AUGGUCACCUUUACAGGUAAGAACGGUCACCGGCUGUUGUCAGGCAUAAGCACGCUCUACUUGUACUUCUAUCACAACUGCUGGCCUGUUGCCAGAGCACAGUGUAAUAGGGUUGCAAAAGGUGAUGAUUAUUAUCUCACUUCACACUUCCAUUGGUCCCCACCUUUACAACGUAAUAGGGUUGUGAAGAGAAGUCUCACUGGUGGAUUAUCUCCACUUCACACUUCCAUGGGUCAUCUACCGGCUGUUGCCAGACAUAGUAGUCAUGGGUCAGAAAAACUAAAAAUGUAA